AUGGCGUUCUCAAUGAGCAAGCGAGCAGCAUGUGCCCGGUGGUCGAAGCUGAUACAGGCGUCCUAUCGAGCACCGCUUCAGCAGAGACUAUAUGCCAGUGCGGCUGCAGUCCCCACGAGCUCUAGCAGCCCUGUGCAAGGUCAAGCGCAGAUCCGACAUGAAGCCUCAGUACCCAAUCCAGAUCCCGCUCCGGACUCACCGACUGCGGCCUUCCUCAGGCAGAAUGUUCCCUAUAUGGUCCCCACCUACGUCCGACCUCCGCCGAUGUUUGUGAAAGGAGAUGGAUGUGUGAUGUACGACAAUGAGAACAGAGUAUAUCUUGAUUUCACCGCCGGCAUAGCGGUCAACUCUCUGGGCCAUGCGGACCCCGAGAUAUCCCGGAUUAUUGCCCAUCAAGCACAGCAGUUGAUCCAUGCCUCGAACCUCUACUACAAUCCUUGGACACCCGCUCUAUCCAAGCUGAUGGUGGAAGAGACACAGAAGCAAUCGCCAGGCUCGCAUCUCAGCCAAGUGUUCAUCUCGAACUCGGGCUCCGAGGCCAACGAGGCGGCCAUCAAGUUUGCCAGGAAAGUGACUUAUGCCAAAGACCCGGAGACGAAGCAGAGGGACAUCGUUUCUUUCCAUGGCUCGUUCCAUGGUCGUACAUACGGUUCGCUGUCAGCGACACCCAACAAGAAAUACCAGGCACCGUUCGGUCCCAUGUUGCCGGGAUUUCACUACGGAACGUACAAUGACAUUGAGGGCAUCCAAGACUUGGUCACUGAAAAAACCGCCGGUGUCAUCAUCGAGCCGAUCCAGGGCGAAGGAGGCAUCAACGUGGCCACCCCGGAAUUUCUACAGGCUCUGCGCAAAAGGUGCGAUGAGGUGGGCGCCGUGCUGAUCUUUGACGAGAUCCAAUGUGGUCUAUCCCGAACCGGGGAUCUUUGGGCCUACACAGCUUCAGGAGUCCAACCUGAUAUCCUGACAACCGCCAAAGCUCUAGGAAAUGGUGUACCUAUCGGCGCUACCCUUGUUUCGGGCAAGACGGUUGCCCCGUUCAUUCAAACGGGAGACCACGGCACAACAUUCGGCGGCAACCCGCUUGCUUGUCGAGUGGCCCAUCAUGUCUUUGGAUGCCUGGCCAAAGCACAGCUACAAGAAGAAGUGCGAGUCAAGUCGACUUUGUUUUUCAGCGCCUACGAAACCAUGAAAACCAAGUUCCCUGGUGUUGUCUCAGAAGUGCGAGGCAGAGGCUUGAUAGUGGGAUACCAACUCAGCGACUCAGCCAGAGGAAAGGCCGCAGAAGUGGUGACUGCGGCUCGCGAGAGAGGUCUGCUGAUCAUCACGGCCGGCGACGGGGUUCUCAGAAUUGUCCCGCCCCUAAUCAUCUCCCACGAAGAAAUCAAUCGAGGACUGGCCAUUCUCGAGGAGGCCAUGGACGUGGUCUUCAAGAAGCCAGCUGCAGUCGAUGGGACUGAAGGCCAGCUAGAGAUGGGCAGCCGAUGA